AUGCUUCUGGUCGAAGCACCGCCCGGGUUUACCUACAUCUGCCCGUUGUCGCCAACAGUGUACAUGCCGGAUUAUUCCAUUGCUCUGCCGAGCGACGUGACUUGCAACGUGGAUCACAACACCUUGGCCAACCGAAACAAGCUUUUCCUAGAGCUGCCUUCAGGACUGCAGGGCGACACAAGAUAUGCCUUCACCAUUGACGUCGUGAAUGCGAGGUUCAUUGACCCUUUGCGGAACUUCUUCCGUAUGGCCACGAUGCUCGAUGGUGAGGCUUGUGCUCAUGACAUCAGCCGCAUGUGUAUAGGCAUCAAGCUGGUUGAAAAUGGCUCAAAGUGGUUCACUACUGGCAUCGGAAAGUACUGGUAUCACUUGUUCACUCUCACACGAAGUUGCUGCGGCUCACAGCAUCCCGGGAAGCCGGGUCAAGCCGAUGCCACCGUGAUCACAUUGGUGCUGUGUGCCGGGCAUGGGCAAGCUAGAACGUGCUCGAGUCUGCAGCAAUACGUCGAGUGGGCUUUGCAGUGGACAUCAAGCUGCCGGCCAACUGGAAGCACGAACUUUUCUUGGUUUUCUUCGUGCAGCUGGAUUGAGUGCGACUGCCUUUGGGGUGCCUUGUCCGUGCCAGUGGCCACCGAUGAGUUGGCACCAUGCUUGGAGGAGUCAGUUGUUAAGCAACUGCUGGAUCAAGAGACGAAAUGGUUUUUGACCUCGCUGUUUCGAACAUGCAGGUCUCAAACAGACGAGCUAUCCAAACCCUGUGGCAAAUGCGACAAGUACAGAGACUUCCAUCAAUGCGGAGAUCUUGUAUGA